GCCCUUUCUGCACUGAGCAUCAAGGAAAGCUGUGCUAUGCUCCCAGUAAUGAACAACUACUCAGGACAUUAUACUAACCAAAACAAUAACAGACCGUAUCAGCCUAGUUCCCCUGGACCCCUUGAAAGACUGUAUGGUGGGGAGAAUGGGUAUAUGAACGCUAAUUCUCCACAACCUAAUGGAUUUCAGGCUUUAGCUAUGAACAGGGGCCCCCUCAUCACGGCAGCAUUUGCCAAUGGGUAUCAUUAAACCGAAACAUUAGGAAUAAAAUUUGGAGGAUUUGUUGAUCUGAGAAGUGAACCAAACCAAACUUGGUAAAAUUCGAGAAUUUUCUCAAUUUAUUCAGAUUCUCGUCAUUGAUUGAUUAAACGAGAACUCAGUUACGUAGUUAAAGAAGUAGAGUAUAUGUAGACAACUAGAAACUAAAUUAAAAAAGAAUUCCGUCAAAAUUCAUUUUUAUUUUAGUUCCUUAUAAUCGUUGAUGAUAUUUUUAAACAUUGUCGCCAAUUUACCUAAAGACAGCUACCACAAAAACUUGAAUUUAGGAAUAGAUUAGAAAAACUGAUUUUUUAACAAUUUUUAUGAAACUGAAUUUUUUUACAUCUUCAAAUAAAGUGUCUUUUUAGAGAACCAUAGUGGGCAACAAUAUAGCAUAAAGCCUAUAUAGAGGAAACAAACAAUUCGAAACCUUGAAAAUUGAUAAUUUAAAAACUAGUGGUAGUCUGUCAUAUCUUUUAUAAAGAUGCUGUGAACAAAAUAAUAAAAUUUUAUAUUUAACAUGUAUUAAUGUGUAGGUUAUUCUUGGUAUUGGAUUCAUUUGUUAUUUUAAGGGGCUGUUCACUUAUUUGAAAAUUAUACUAAAUUACGCACAUUUUUUUUUGAAAAAACUUAUUGCGCUUUAUGCGCAAAUAAUGCGCAAAAGCGAUAACUUUGAGCCAAAAAUAUGGUCAUUUCGUGGAAAUCCUAAUCAAAACUGUGUAAAACCUGACCUUUUGUUAGCUCAAGCGUUUGUAAAGACCGCGUCUUUGGUUGGAUUCUGAUUGGGUUUUAUUCGACCAAUGAGAGAUGAUUUCAAAGCUUUACGUCUGCUUAAUCAGCUGAAAGAUCCAUAUUUGCUCAGUGUAAAUUUAAAAAAAAUCCAAAUUUCAUGUAUAUUUAUUAUUUCUUUGGUGUUUACUUCACAAAUUUAGCCAAUUUUGAAACUAAAAAUAAUUUGCAAAGCAUUUAAAUGUAAAAAUAUGAAAGUUUUAGCAAAAUUUCAAGAUCCAGCUCCAAUUCAGAACAAGCCUAGAUUAGUUAUAAUUAAAACCAUGUCUAGCUAAAACUUGAGUCUUCGCUUGGUCUUUAAUUGGGCGUAAAAAGACGCGAAGGCCUGGUUUAAGCUUUUACCAUCUCAGCUCAGGACUCUGGUUUUGACACUCAAGAAACCAUUUUAAAAAGUAUGUUUAGUAAAUAAGUAAACAGUUCCUUUCAAUGAAAAACUAAAUAUUGUGUGUAACCAAGUCAAGAUUAAGCCACAGAAAAAGUGGCUGAACAUGAAGCAAUAAUAAUAAUUAUAGAGAUUUUAACUUAAAGAUAGAAAUCUUGCAACCAUGAAAGAUUGAUCUCCAUCAAUAAUAAAAUUUUGCAUUUAAAUCACCUGAUUUGUAUAGAGAUCCUUCAGCAAAGGGAAAUAAAUUUACAAAAUUAAAUGUUAGAAAUUUACAAAAUUAAAUUUACAAAAACCAAUGCGCAGUUGGUUUCUCUUAAUUAACCAAAGAUCUGUUGUUAAUGUCUAAUCACCAAAGCUGUAUUUUAUCAUGCUAUUUUCGUUUUGAAAGGUUUAAAGGGACAUAAACCGAUUUUCUGGUUAGAUUGAUUGUAUGUUGCUAAGCCCUUUCCAAAUUUUGUGUUAUUAUUUUUAACUUAUUUUGAUUUUAUUUUUAGUCCAGAAAUACAAAACACACACUUGUUAAAUUGCAUUUUAUGAAUUGAAUAAACACGAAAAAUAACAUAUCCAUUAAAGAAAUAGAAAAGAUUGCUCUUUAACUGAAAAUAAAACAAAUUGUUGAUGAUGAAAUCCCCGAAGAAGGAUUAUAAAAUCCGCAAUUCAGUAGCGUCAAUUCUAGAACCAGAGAAGACCUACUCAUCAUACAUGUUACCACUUUAAAAAGUACAUUUGAUGCUUCUAGGUAUGAUGAUAUGAGUAGGUCUUGUCUGGUUCCAGAAACUGACGCUACUCAUUUGAGAAUUUUUUAAUCCUCUUUCGGAGAUGUUAUCCUCUACAACAUAAAAUAUAAAAUUGUGUUUUCAGUAUUAUUUUUAUCCAGAAGUAUCCUUACAGUAAAAAAUGUGUUCUUAAAAAAUGUGCAAAAUUAUUUGUGCAACCCAUGUGAUGCAAAGAAAGAAGAAAUUUUAAAGAUUUAAAACUGUUAAGAGGAAAAAGUCAACAUAUUUUUUCUCAAUUUAUGA